ACUAAAAGUUAAUUAAAAGUUAGUCUUUCCAGUUCAAGGAUCCAACUUAAGCGAGCAAACUGUUAAAGUUUUCUACAGUUCAACGCAAUCUGAAAGUCUCUGAUGCAAUUACUCAACAAGUCAUAUGUAAAACGGGUGGCAAGUUCAGUGAGCGGAGAGUAAAUUGAGCCCGGCUGUGAAGAUAUAAUUGCUGCUGCUGACUUGCAGGAUAGAUGCUGACCUACAGAGGCUUGCUGCCAAACUCCGCCCGUUAACGCAACCGGACAUCUCUCAUAGAGUUAUACUGGUACCCGGGCUAGUAUAUCUCCCUGGCAUCUCCGGGAUCUGACCUGCUCGCGUGGAGACUGCAGGAUGUCUAAUGGGACAGACGUUGACAAAAAAAGUAAAAGGAAAAGGAAGGGAAGUGUCACUCAUUUUCCCCUGGAUGGACACAUCUUGAGUAACACUCACAGUGUGGAUAUAGAGUCUUCAUUUGGCAGUAAUGGUGUGAGGAUGGAGCCGUUCCCAGAGAGUAAUGAGACUGGAAUCCUUUAUCUGAACCCUCAAACACCAAACUGCUCUCUUGUGGAGAGGUUUGCAGGGCUCUCACCAGGAGAAGAAACACCAAUCCAGGAUGAGCAAGAACACAAAGGGGCAUCGCUACGAUGCACUACAUAUACUAAGACCAAUGAAAUAUGUAAACCAAAUGAUGUGCUCCUGGAUGCUGUGACACAGAAUGAAAGGAUGUUCUUGGAACAAUCCAAGAGCCAAAGUGAUGUCUCAGACCAACAGAGGACAUCUAAGCUAGAGUUAAGUGGCGAGGAAUCUUCUCCAAGCGAAGGUGAGAAUAAGACCAUACAUCUGAAUGUAAAUAGUCCUUCAGUUAUGAAAUUGCUUAAAAAGUGUAAAGACGACAAAAUCCCUCGACUUUUGGUAGCAAUGAAAAAACGCAAUGGAGUCGACACUGACUCAGAGGAACGUCCAUUCAAAUGCACGCACUGCCAAUGGGCUUUUAAGAAGCUGUGUAACCUGCAGAGUCACUUACAAACACACACAGGCCUCAAGCCGCAUGUAUGUGAUAUAUGUGGCAAGGCUUACUCUCAUCAAGGCACGCUGCAGCAACACAAGCGUCUGCACACGGGUGAAAGACCAUAUCACUGCCCCUUCUGUGUCAAAACCUAUAUCUGGUCCUCAGAUUACCGUAAGCAUAUCCGUACACACACUGGUGAAAAGCCGUACAUCUGUGACACCUGCGGCAAGGAUUUCAUCCGCUCUUCAGACCUGCGGAAGCAUGAGCGGAACAUGCACACCAAUGACAAGCCCUUCCCAUGCACGCACUGCGGCAAGACCUUCAAUAAACCCCUUGCUCUGAAGCGCCACGAGCGUAAGCACCUGGGAGAAAGACCCUUCUCCUGCCCCGACUGUGGGAAGAGGUUUGCCCUGGCCAGCCGCAUGGCAGAGCACCAGAAAAUCCACAGAGGGGUGCGUCCUUUUGUCUGCUCUGUGUGCUCCAAGUGUUUCACAAAGUCCUCCAACCUGACCGAGCAUGAAGCCAUUCACAGCGGAGUGCGGCCCCAUAAGUGCACAGAAUGUGGCGUGGCAUUUGCCAUGGCUUCCCGUCUUGUUCGUCACCAGUUCAUACAUAGUAAAGAGAAACCCCACAACUGCGUGGGCUGCAGCAAGAAUUUUAGCCACCCAGCAAAACUGAAGCUUCAUCAGGAGCAAAACUGUGCUGGGAGGAUUUUUGUCUGCACAGAAUGUGACAAAUCUUUCCAGUGUUCCACAAAACUUGCUCAGCAUUUGCAGAAACAUGGGGACAAAAGUGUCGCAGCCUGUUAAAGACAAGAACUGUACAUAUCCAUUACUGUGCUACAGCUGUUUCAUUUCAGUUAUUAAGGUCAAGAAACAUUGGACAAAAGGUUAUAGGGCACCACUUUACAUAUGCUAAUGUGCAAUAUUUAUUUAGAGUGCCAUGAGCUGUAAAAUGUUCACUCUGUUUCCCCAGGGUGCUGGGUUCCCACGAGAAUGUCUUGGGAUAAAAAUUACCGCCAGCACAGCACUGAAACUGGAGCUGACAGUUUAAUGGUGUGAUAUGAAACUCAUUAAAAGAGCACUGAACCCUUUUUUAAAACUGUGAAUACACUGUAAAUGUAAUUAAUGUUACCCACAAUAUAGCAGUUUUGCAUUUAGGAGAGUCAGGCAUUUUAUCAUACGACUUCUUCAAUCAUGCACUACAGCCCUGAACUUUACAACACAUUUCCCAAAGGAAGUGCCUGUGGAAAUGCAGAUGACCAGUCAGACUGGACAUUAAAUGUCUUUAGCCUGCCUCAUACAAAGUCAGCGUAGUGUUCACCUGUGCUCACUUGACAGUAGUUUAGGUAAUAGUUGACAAGUUUCUGUCUUUCCUUUUUGUUCUUUAUAUGGAAAAAAGGCACAUCCGUUCCUCCUCCUUUCUUGUCCUGAAUUUACAGACACACAUAAAUGCACCACCACUCUGUAGCAACAGUGGCAGAAGCCAAACAAA